CAGUCGAGUCGGAUCUGCGUUCAAAUGUGCUUGCUUAAGUGGAUGUUUUUGUUUCUCACAACUGUGUUUGUUAAAGCGUCUUCUAAAGGAGAGAUACUUCUGGUGUCCCACAACCAUGGAAUCUUACGGUUGGAUGUGGACAACCAUGUUAACACAACCAAGGUCCGCGCCGAUCGUCCUGUGGUUACCUUUGACAUACACUUGGCUUGGAAACAGAUCUACUGGGCGACGGAGACUACGAUUUACAGGACCCCGCUGUACGACCUAGAGACAGCCACUCCCCUAGCCUUGGUAGGACGGGUAGGCAGCCUGGUGGUAGACUGGGUCCAUCAUCACCUCUACUGGACCGACCUGGACCAAGGAGGACGUCUGGAGGCGGCGCUCCUGGAUGGGACCGGCCGGAGGGUCGUCCAUAGAGUGGAAAACGGGACCAAUCUUGGAGCUAUGGUCGUAGAUCCUCUACUGGGCAAACUGUUUUGGAUCGAAUGGAGCAAUACGAGCAACAGUAACCGAAUCGUGUCUUGCAAUCUAGAUGGGUCUUCGAAAAGAACGUUUUACGAAAGCGAAAACAUCUCAAGACACAGUCCUCUAGCCAUUGACGUGACAUACAGUGGUAUUUAUUUCUACAAAGUUAUCAAUAAUGGAAGUGAAUUGUGGAACGCUAACUAUCAAAUACCACAUGAAGCUAUAAGACUCUUUGAGAGACCUGGUAAGCCCCCGAAGUCUCUGAGUUUGGCAAAAGACGGAUUCUAUUUUUCAAACAUAAAUGGAACGUACUCCUGCAAAUGGGUGAAGAGGAAGUAUACGAUUGUGUAUGGAAACAGGACUGAUCACAUAUUCUCACUCGAUCCUUACUUUCGCCUUGUUGGUCCAAAUUUGAAACAUAGCAGUCAGAUUCGAGUGGUGAGUGAGGUAGUCCAGCCCCAGUGGCCAAAUUUGUGCGCCUAUCAUCAGUGUGAACACGACUGUGUGGUCAUCAGUCAUCGUCAUCAUAAGCAUCAUCAUCAGCCAGCAGAUCAUCAGCGGAACACAACCUGUGUAUGCCGCUAUGGAUACACCCUCAGAGAUGACGGUAGAACUUGCAAAGAACAAGGGUAUCUGCUAUAUAGCUCUGGAACAACCUUCGGCAGGAUAACGAUCAAAGGAGACGACAACACCCUAUUAUACAACGAUUCCUCGUCAAACAUACAGACGUUUGAUGUAGAUGUUCAGUCCGAGUAUGUUUACUGGAGUGAUCUGUUUGCCCAGGCUAUUUACAGGGCUCCAGCAGAACAGAUGGCACGGAAGGAGGUGGUAGUGGCUGGGGUGACAGCGUUUGGAGUAGCAGUGGACUGGCUUCAUAGCAACAUCUACUGGACAGACGAGAGUCGUAUCAUGGCGGCCCCUGUACAUGGUGGAGAACCCGUGUUGAUACUUGAUGGCCAGGACUCCCCAGCUAACAUAGCAGUCGACCCGUUCAACAAGUACAUAUUCUGGGUGGAGUGUGGCAGCCUGAUGAUCAUCAGACGUGCAGACUUGACCGGUGAUGACGUCACUGACCUAGUAACCUCCGACGUCACCUGCGGGAUGAGCCUUACAGCUGACCACGAGACUAACACCCUCUUCAUUCUGGACUGGGCGGGCGCUGUGAGCCUGUGUCGCUACGACGGCUCCGGCCACACCAAACUCUUCAGCGAUGUCGUCCGCGGACUAACCAUCAUGGACCAUCAGCCACUGUGGACGCUGAUAGAGGACAACGAUGAUCCCGAGAACACAUUCUUCCGUGACAAGUUGAACGUUUUGGCGCAAAACCUGGAGCCUUCGAUGAUCAAGAUGGUGAAGAGAAGUCACCAGCCUGACGGUGUCAAUGUGUGUGCUGAUGUGGAGUGUAGAGGAGUUUGUCUUGCGAAAAAUGGAACUGUGUCGUGUAUGUGUGGCGGGGACAAUAACGUUGCGGCAUGUUCAAGGAAACAUGGAAAAAUCAAAGGACCGGGCCCUAACGAUUACCUGAAAGUAGUAGAAGUAACCCCCUUCAGCGUAGUGCUACAAUGCAGCGGUCCUCUCAUGAAACACAACAAGAUGAGGCCAUGGGUGCGGGUGGAGGAGAUCGACAGUCUAGUGCACCGAGAUAAAGCCCUGAGGUGGAAGGAUUAUGUGAGAAUAGCCAACCAGAGUCUACCGUUUACGGUGGAUGGGUUGAACCCAGCGACUACCUACCACUUCACCGUGCAACAUGGUGUAACAAGAGCCUCUCGCCAUAUCGUAGUGCAUACUCCACCCCCACCCCUGACUGUACGGCGACUCCCCAUCAUCUCUGUUCCUGGUAUCCCUGGUAACAUCCCGUGGGAACCUCAGGGGGUUCACUACGAAAUCACGAACCCUUGGGAACAGCUGGUCAAGAGGAAAUAUUUUCUACUCCUUCUAUCACACAAUUCGUACACGCAAGCCAAUCCACCUCCAGUUCCUCAAGAUAUUCUAGAUGUUCUCAAACGCAGGAUCAAGAGAAGUUUUAUGGUUAUCAAGAUGUACAAAUCUGAGGAGGAGUUUGACGACGACCCUGAGAUGUACCUGGCCAACGUGGUGUGGGGAGAGACCUUCCAGGGGACAAUGGUACAAACCACAGAAUACAGGGGGAGUUACAACCUGGACCUGGUCAAGACCAGGAGCUUCGCCCUUCCUGACCCUUACUGGCGGCCGUUUGUGGACCGGCUACUGGAGACCCACGAAUUAGUUGGGAGUGUGGAGCGACUGUGAAAGUGGAUAAACUGAUGAGCUAUUGGGAGUUGCCAAGAAACUCGCUUACACAGGAAGAGUGGAGUUUAAAGCUAAUUGUCAUAGGAAGGAGAUGAAGAAGCGAGAGUUUUGAUGGUUGAGUGUUUUAAAAUAUUUGAGGAGAGUUUGAAGAUAAGGUCUUGAAAAACUUGUCACUUAUCAAAGGUGUAAUACAACCCAAGGGCUCGUUUACACAGGGCAAUUUCACAGGCUACUAACCCAGCUUACUCGCAGCUCGUAACAGUGCACUUGCCGCUAUUAAAAAAGCUCUGGAACAUGUUUCUUCUGCUGGAAACUUUACACACUACUCACCGCCAGUUUUUGAUAAAACUAGAUGGUAAAACCAAGUACACCUACAACUCUUGCUUGUGCACAUGAGGCAAAUAGUAUUAUGAGUAUUCAUGUCGAAUGAACUGCUUAAUUGUGUAAGUUGUAUGCCGUACUUGCUGAUAAGCCUGAAUUUUUACUCGUUGGUUAAUAGUUUAACUUGCCCUGUGUAAUCAAUCCUUAGUUAACUAAAUUAAACGAUGAUACUAUAUUGUUAUUUAAAUAAAAAUCUUUUGCUAAUAUUAUAUACUAUGACACCAAACUUUCUUUUUCUAAAAUAUUUCCUCAUUACCUUUGAGUAAAUGAAAAUGUGCUCAAUUAAUAAUUCACGAGUUCUUUGAGCAUUGAGCCGAUAUAGCAAAGGUGUAAGCUAUUUCAAGAAAAAAACUUUUAAAAAGUAAAUUUACUACAGGACAUUUACUUUUGUAAUUUGAAUAACGGAUUCAUAAAAUUAACCUGUCCUAUCUUUAGUCCAUAAAAAUACAGUAUUGCAAAAUCUUCAGUUUAAUUGGGGCUCACUAAUAAUUGAUUUCGACGCACGGUUUUCAGUGUAA